AUGAAGAACAGCCAUGCGAGCAAGCAGGAUUUCGAGAAGGAUUCAGCACGAUUGACCACAUUCACGCUGCUUCGAAACUCAUCGAGGUAUCACGAGAGUACGAGAUGCCGCUUCUGUCUCACCUUCAUCGGCUUGAAGAAGGCCUUCGACUCAGUUGAGACGGAAGCGGUCGUGGAAGACUUGGACAACCAAGGCGUCCGUACUCAGUACAUAAAGGUGCUUCGAGAGCUGCACAAUAACUUUACGACCAGGAUUUUGCCAUUCUACAAGAAUAUCAUCAUUGAGGUGAAGAGAGGUGUCCGACAGGGUGACACAAUCUCACCCAAAAUAUUCACAGCCACUCUCGAGAACGUAAUGCGAAACAUGGAAUAG